UAAAGGUUAAGUAGACCCAGAGAUUGUAGAUGUGGUCUCAUAAAGUCACCGUUUGAGCGGCGUCUCUUCGAGAAAGCAAAGAAAGUGUAGAUGUACUUAGAUACUAAUUUGUUUAUUUACCUUAUCAACUAGUUGGCCUAUCUUUAAAAAUGAGCUCAUUAGAAAAAGUGACUUUCACCGAUCAAUCUUUUGAACCUGUGGGUUUUGAACCUCAACUGACAAACGGAAAGUCUCAACAAGUAGCAAAUAUUCAAACUGAGCACGUAGUUUACGAAUCGGAUGAAGUACAGGUUGUGGAAACCAAAAGCAUUGAGACGCAAACUGUCAAUCUUCCACCAAGAAAUACAGAGUAUAGUCACGAUGCAUUGGCCGAAUUUCUGAAAAGGAUAUCACCAGGAGUAUUACAGUUCCUGGAUGAACAGCAUGGUAGUACUGCGUUCGAUGACUACGAUUUGGAUAGCAGUGAUAAAUCUUCUACCACUGUUCAAUUGAUAAAUAGGUUGAACAGUUUGGAAAUGUCAGAUUUCAAGGGAAAAAUUAGUAGCUUGACGUGGAGCACUGGUGGUGGGAUUCUGGCAGUCGGACAUAGUGCAACACGACAUGAAACUUGGUGCAACGAUCUCACAAAGAUUGAUUUUUUCAAUAUAUCCAAAGAUAAUCAGUUGAUGUCACAGCCAAGCAAGUCUUUGGAAGUUUCUUCCUGUGUUACAUCUUUGCUGUAUCAUCCUGAAGAACCUUCAAUCAUUGCUGCUGGCUUGUUCAAUGGCGAUGUUCUGGUAUGGAAUCUGAGAGACGAAUCCACAGUUACUCCUCUACAUGUUUGUACACAUGGCGAUUUGGUGUCGCAAGUUCAGUGGCACCUUAGGGUACUGAACGACGCCUCGGCUCUUGUGACAUCAAGUGCUGAAGGAUACAUUUUCAUUCACAAGCUUGCAGUUGUUUUCACUCAAUCUUCACUUUAUAAAAAGUUGAAAAUAGCGAAAGAAAAAAAUCCUGCUGAAAAAGCUAGACCUCACAGUGCAGGGGGCAGCAAAGAGCGAGCUGCCGAAGCUGGUCUUCACAUCACUUGUUUUGAUUUUGCAACAAAAGAUCACAACACGUUUGUUGUUGGAACUGUAUGCGGUGGACUUUACAAGUGCAUGCUAGAUCGUGCUGUUCCAAUCGAAGGAGAUGAAUCUAUUUUUGAUCCUGUAGUAGAUGAAUAUAAUAGGCACAAGGGCACUGUAACAUGCGUCAAGAGUGCUCCUACUAAGAAUCUUUUUGUUUCAUGUGGAUCCGACAAGGAAGUCAGAAUUUAUAACUUUGACCAGACUGCUAGUUUAAGGGUUAUCACAGUGGAAAAUACAAUGGUACAAUUAAGUUGGUACUUUGGCCAUCAGGAUAUUUUCUUGGCUUAUGGUGCUGGUGCAGAAGUCAAAUUUUUCAAUGUAAAUAAUGGUCGGCCUCUACAAAAAAUGUUACUGUAUUCCGAAAGUAGAGAGAAUGCAAGUGGCUUGAGCUUCAAUCCAAAACGGGAAAUGGUGGCUAUUGGCGAUACACGUGGAAACUUGGAAGUAUGGAAAAUACCGAGGAAUCNUUCAAGAUACGAGCGGUACAGUUAUCCUAGCUGCCGGCCGCUGCAAAUGGAGAACGAUAACUGCAUACCGAGUGGUCCUAUGACGAAUGGCAGCCGCUACUGGCCCGAUGGGUCGUCGAUGGUUCUCGGUGACGUGUACCUCAUGAUGUGUCCAUGCGGUCGCAGAUUACGUUGUUACAGGGGAACCUGUGAUCCGAUCAUUCCGAACAUUCCAAACACCAUGUCGAAUGAGAUAUGGCCGUAA